UUGUGUGUGGCUCCCCCCGCCGCCACUGCAACACUUCCAGGGGAAUUUACAACAGCAUGUUUUCAGCUGCCAUGAAAGGAGAGUCCACAUCAUCAUGUUGUCUUCCCAACCAAAACACUUCAGAGUGUCUGGGAGUUCUAGACCUGUUGAGUGGAGAGGAACCAGCCGGUGCUGAGGCUUCCCAGGUGUGCGGAUCACUGACUGGCAGUGGGGCCAUGAACAGACACUUGGAGAGGAGAGAGCAGUUAAAAAGGUUGUCUCUAGAAGGGGGACUACCGGAGUACAUGGAUGCCAACAAAUGCAUCGAUGAGCUACUCAAACAGCUUGAGGAGGAGCGGCGAAAUGUCCGACGGGAAAAGUUGGCUGUGGCUCGCCUGCAGAGGGAAGUCGCACGGAGCAAAAGUGAAGGAACAAUGCGAGAAAAGCUGAUCCACGAGCUAGAGGAAGAGCGACGCCUGCGACUGGAGAGCGAGAAGCGGCUCCGAGAAGUGACGGAGGAGUCGGAGCUGGGGCGGGCGCAGAUGGUUUCGCUGCAGCAGCAAUUCUCCAGGAUGGAAGAGACGGUGCGGUCGCUGCUGCAGAAUCAGGGCGGCGUCCUGGAGCAGACAGCUUUGGACACGGUGGACAUCAUGAAGGCCUACAAGGAUAAACUCUCAGAAGAAGUGCAGAAAGUGCACGAAGGCCCUGCAGAGAAUGAUAUUCCACUGGCGACUACAGCGGAGCUGGACGGCCAACGUGAUGGCAGCCAAGAACAGGAAGACAAAGACAAAACCAAGUCCCUUCUGGAGCACCUCAAGGCACUGGAGGACGAGAACUCUGCUUUGGCCUUAGAGAAUGAGAGCCAGAGGGAGCAGUACGAGCGCUGUCUAGACGAGGUUGCCAAUCAAGUUGUGCAAGCACUUCUUACACAGAAGGAUCUGAGGGAGGAAUGUCUGAAGCUGCGAACGAGAGUUUUUGACUUGGAGCAGCAAAAUCGAGCACUGAGUGUUUUGUUCCAGCAGAGGAUCAAGCCUGCGUCGGACCUGCUUCUCCAGAAACUCCACUCUCGUAUCAUGGAUCUGUCUGCGGCUGAUCUGCUGCUGGAGCCGGAGAGAAGCAAGGCUUUCCUGCUUUCCAGGAACACAGAUUCUCCUUUUACUGAGGUUCAGUUAACCGGAAAGCCAGGUCUCCCUGUGGCCAAGUGUUUGAGCCAGCUGAGUCUGACUGUGCCCCCACCCAUCUACCCACGCAGCAGCUGUAGCAGCAGUGAGAUAUCCCUGUCGAGCGCAUGCAGUGAAUUCUCCAGCGGCUCGUACACCUGGAAUGAUGGACGCUCCUGUGGGAAAAUGUCUUCUCUUACAUGGGAGAAGAGGCUGAGUUUGGGUUCAUCAACUCCUAGUAACAUCUGCACUCCCUCAGAGGAGCAACGACCCACAAGAUGCAAAGAGAGCCACAUACUGGAGGGACUCAAGAGGCUUCAGAGGAGAAAACACCGGAGUUCCUCCUGUUCUUCAAAGGUCUCCAGAUCAAGCAACAAAGACUGCAUGAACUCCAAUGAGGGAAUCUAUUCCCUGGGUAUCAAGAGUAACAGUAAAGGGGUUUCCAAAGCCAGCCAUUGUGGCAGGACUUCCACUGCUCGUGGCAAGCAGUUCUUUUACGAUUCGGAUGAUGCUGAUGAUGAAUUGGCACAGUCUAGUUGCAGAGAUAACAUCCCCACAAAGGACAGUUGGUUUCACUGUAAGAGACUCUCACACAGCAUCUCGGACAGUUUGUGUAGCUGGGAGGGGACGCAGGAAAGUGGAACUGGAAGUGCUGGUUCAGGACUGAUGGUUACAAACCCUUGUUCCGGUUGUGACUCCAAAGAGCGUCCAGAGAAGCUUGUAAGUUUUAUCAACAACUUUCUCUCAGAUGGAGAGCACAAAUCAGCCUUUCAUAAACCAUCCAAACUCCGCUUCAGCACCCCUGACCCAGAGGGUCCCAAACGCCUCUCUGACGUGAAUGACCAUGAAGAACUUAACUCAGAGUGCAGUGAUGUCCGAGUGUCCUGUGACCAGCCGACAGAGCAAGCAGAGAGGGAGUUUAAAAGACUAUCUAGGGAUGCAGCAAAGCUCCUCAAACAAAAAUACUUAGGCAAAGACCAGGGCCGUACCCAGUCUGCUGAUGGCAGGCCCAGACCUUUUAGCCUAAUGAAGGAACCAAAAGCAUCCAAGUGUACCCAGUCUGAAGAAAGUAUAUUGGCUAUAUUUGAUGCGGAAGGGGAACCUAUUGAGUUGUGUCCCCAAAGGCUUGCAGCUGAUACUGAAAAAAUUCAUGGUAGCAAAGACAAUGCAAAUUAUGCAGAAUUAGUACCACAAGAAAGACCAACAAGGCAAAUAUCAGCAAAUGCAAGAAACUAUAAUGUUCUUGAAUCCCCAGAAAAGCCCUCAGAGUGUGAGACUAGGACUAGUAAAUCAGGCAAUAGCAGGGAGGGAAGUGCAGAGAGACUGUCUUUGCAGGUAACUCCUCAAAGAAAACUAAUAAAACCACCAAGCAUCCGUGCAAGUAAAGGUCAGUCAGUUCCUCCAUUGAAUGAUGGUGCCUGUCCCAAGUCUAGUGGUUCAAAAAUUCCUGGUCGUAACAAACCAUCAGCAUCACCACUGAGGGUAUCUAAAGGAUCAAAAGAACCAAGCAAUAGUGGAAACUCAGGAUCCUCCACUCAGGAGAAAUCCCCUUCUUCUCCUACAGUUAAAUUGUCCAGAUUUAUCAGAACACAAACUAGCUCUCAGAGCCCAAAGGGUGUGAACUCCACGUUCUCUAACAGGGUCGAAUGGAGUAAGGGUCUCUCAUCCACCUCCCACCACUUACCAAGGAGGCUCUUGGAGUAUGGUGACACUAGUGAACAACCAACUAGAGACAAACACUGUGAACCUAGCAAAAAUAAACUCAGGUCUCCCUCUCCUCCCCCUCCCCCGGGCCGCACCACCUCCUUACUGAUCAGACCAAAUUACGAAGGUUCACCUCAGGCACAUAAAACAGGGGUGACUCACUCAUCCACACUAACCACUGGGAGAGGUCCUCCCCCAAGUUACUACACCUCAUUAGCACCAAAUAUGCAAACUACUUUACCCAUCAAGGAUAAAGACUGUUUGGAUUUGGAUGCAGGCUAUGAGACUGCACUUGCACCUCAGAAACUGGUAGAGAAAACCAGUCAGCACCUUCAGAAGUCCCCCGUUGUGAUUCAGACUCCUCUUAAAGGCACUUCCAAACACACAAAAGACUACCUCCCUUCUGCAAACUCAGGGUGUGCACGAGAACCUGAAAAUGCACCUAGAAGCUCAAAGAAUGUUCCUCCUCCCUACGGUGCCCUAAGAGGGUCCGCACUACAAAAUUCAUUUGCAAUUAAGAAAGGACCCACUCAUGAAAAUAUUCAACAGACAGUGCAGAAGACCUCAAUAAGUUUACCCAUAUCCCCUCAGGACUCCCCUCAGUGUCAAACAGAAAAGAAUGGUAAAGCUAUCGUUAGCCCUCCUGCCUCUGCUGUUAUGUCACCUAACCAAGCAGAAAAAGCCUCAAAGACUUAUAUCCCAAUGGGGUUUAAAGCCUUUUUAAAGUCACCGCCUACAAGUAAAAGUAGCCCCACUGUUCCAGGUAAACAAGAGAAAGAUCAUAUUAACUCUGUCUCCAAGGAGACCGUGACUUUGAAUGCUUCGACCCAGUGUGAUAGCUUGCAAGCAGUGUACGGUAUUGAUUUGCCACCCAAAAUGUCUUCCACAGAGGAGAAAGGUGAAGUCUAUUGUUCCCUUCAAGAAGAUGACGUACAUGCCCCUGUGCUGCCUGAGGAAGGUGAUGUUUGUGAUAAGGGGAAAAGGAGUAGUCAACUCUUUGGUCGAUCAAUAUCUGUUACAACAAAAACUCAUCUAAAACCUGCUUUGGGAAUGAAUGGAGCCAAAGCUCGUAGUCAGAGUUUUAGCAUGAACUACAUGGAGAAACCCAACAUCAAUGUGCUAGAAGGACCAGGAAAAAUUCGGACUCAGAUCAUUACCAAGUCAGGCGAGAGGGGAAACUCGCUGUCAAGGCAAAGUUCUUUAGAAGUACCCACUGUUGGGUUAGCUGAGAGCCCAGUCCAUUCACCCCGGACUAGGCUGAGCCACUAUGGAGGUAUGACAGGUUCAACUAGUACCAACGGCCUCCCUGACAAAACCUCUAAAUCAGGCUCCAACGGUGAAGGCGUCACUUCACCUACUCAUAAAGAGGUGCGUAGCCUGCCAACAAGCGAAAGGACUAGUUUCAACCACAUCCGGAAACCAAAAGUUGCCGCUCAUUCACAGUUUCAGCCUCAGCCACCCUUCUAUAGCUCAGAAAACCCUGCAAGAGAGAAGGAACCAGUCAAAACCCAGUUGGACUCACCAAUCAAACCAACAGUUGCAGAGGAGAAGAAAAUCAGCCAGACAGUUUGCACAAUUGAAGAGAAAGUCAUGAUGGGAAUUGAGGAAAACUUGCAAAAAUCCCAAGAACAAGAAAAAGUAGCCGCCAGCGAGGCAAAACAAAAGACUGGCCCUUCUCUCGCCAACUGGUUUGGCCUCCGAAAGAGCAAGCUUCCAGCUCUGAGUGGCAAAAAGUCGGAAUCCCCCAAAGGGAAAGAAGAGAAGAAGGACCUGAAAAUUGGAUCUGUCCUCGGGGGAAAACAGACCAAGCCUGAGAAAAAGAAGGACAAAAAGAAGGAGAACCAGGACGUGCAGAAUCUAUCCGAGAUGAACAACAAACUGAGCUCCAUCAUGGACCACUGCAACAAUCAGAUGGGUCAGAUCGCCAGUCAGAUCCAAUGUACAACGGCAUUUAUCGGCAAAGACCAGUUCGUCAAAGACCUCCUUGGCAGGUCUGCUGUGAAGGUCAACAGCAUGACCGCUUCAGCCCCCGCUAUGUCAACACCCAAGAAGCCCAGCGGAACGAAGGCAGACAUGCAGAUCUGUCCCAAUGCUGCGACCCUUAUAAUGACUCAGAAGAUCAGUCUCAAGGCUGAAAAUGAGGAUGGACACAUCCCAGACUCCACCUGCCAAGACCACUUGAUAGGCUCCAGCUGCCAGAUGCGAACCCUGGACAGCGGCAUUGGUACCUUCCCCCUCCCUGACUCUGUCACCCGUUCCAGCAGCCGCUGCAUCCCCAAAUCCGAAUCUAGCCCGGAUAGGGUGACCGCCGGCGCCUCCGACCCCGACCCCUCACAACCUGAUGUGAAAGUGCCUUCCCUCCCCAAAAUGCACAGGCACGCCCCCGAGGGCAGCAUGGCCCACUCCGCGUCCGAGCCCGCCGUGACCAGCAGUAGGAUCGCCAAGGAAACCCAGAGCCGCCUUCCCAAACUGUCAUCCUCAGACGCCAUCAGGACCAAGAGGUUGAGUUUCUGCGGCAAACACAGCAACAUCUCAGCUUCCACUGAAGAUGAGGAGAGGAAGAUGAAAUCAAAGGAGCAGGAUUCAACUGAAAGAGUCCUGAAGGAGUGCACAUACAUGGGCAGCUGCAGCAACACUGAGACCGAACCCGAGAGAACUGGCACCACAUUAGUCUCGCCACAGCGAACCAGGAGGUCCGACUCUGUCGAGCAGAAUGAGGACACCCUGAAGAGCCAGAAUGUGGAGAAAUCCCUGUCCAUUAUGGACUACUACCAACAUGAGAUGUUCUCCCAUCUGGAGAAGGAUGGCAGGAGGAUUUCCCAGUACAACCUGUUGCACAAAGAGUCAUCCCCGGAUGGGAAAGCAGGAGACCUGAUCAGUAUGGAACUUUCAGCGGAGAAGCUGCCUAUAAGUCCAAGUCAUACAGCCUCUCUCAACAUCUCCUUGGAGUCAUUAAACAAACUGAACUACAGCACCACCAGCAGCCUGUGUCCUGACAACAGGUUAAGUGGCCACGGAGGUGAUGGCCACGCUGAUGCAGGAAAAAGCGGCUGCAACAUGAGCGAGCCUUCACCUUCAUCCGGCUUUGGGAGCAGGCCAGUGGCUGAUCCCUCGGCCUCACUCAGCGACUCUCUAUAUGACAGCUUCUCUUCCUGCACCAGCCAGGGCUCCAAUGGUGUGUGAGAAGCUGUUAUACCAGUGGAUGUGAGGCCGGGUCAUAGUUUCUUUGCACAUCCUGACCUUGUAUUCUCAUCUUCUCAGUUUUGAAUAUCCGUGGAUGAUAUGAGUUGGACAUUGAAGGGGAUAGUUGGCCCAUUAGGAAGAUUUUUAGCUUGAUGUUCCACACCUAGUGGCCACAAGAAACUGAAAACAAUUUUGUCUUCUCUUGGCUCAGUCACUGAGGUGGUUUAUAGGAUCCUGUGAUAUGAAUGAUCUCAACAUUCCUCAAAAAUCUCUUGACCUUUGUAUGAUAAAAAGACCAUCAUGUGUAUUCAUCCUGGCUUGGUGAUUAUCUCGCCUGGUUUGAGAAGACCACUUUCCUCUCAUUAGAUCUAACCAGGCUGUUAUAGUAGCUCAACCUAACCAGUUCUAGGACAAAAUGGAAAAGGAGUACAAAAAGUCUUUCUGACUAGGGCGGUGGUCAGGACCCCACUGUAGAUCUUAUACUCCUUGGUGGGUGGUUUAGGAAUCUUCAGGAAUCCAAUUAAAUUUGAACAAGAUUGACAAAAACACAUUAUGUACCAUAGUUAAAUACCAAACAAAUAUAGUCUAAAAUGUUGAGCCAUAUAUACUUCUAACUUAGGUUUUUUGGUAAUUAUACACACAUAGCUGAUAUUGUAGUAGUGUUUAUGAAUCUCAAUUAGUUGUUUUUUCAGUCAGAGGCUCAGAUUUUUGCGACUACUGCACUUGGGUUAUUACAAGACACCAAAACUGAAGUUUCCAAAGUUGGGGUCAAGGACCCACUGUAGUUCAUGGCCCACUUUUGGAUAGUUUGGGGAUCUUUAGAGAUCUCAGGAAAUAAUGCUUUGUGGUGUGUUUUGGUCUGAGCCUUUUUUGACUUCGCUCUUGACUAAACAUUAUUUUUGAAAAAGACUUUAGCAGCCCUGCCUGCAAAUUGGCCUUUUGUCUAUCCAUAAGACAAAAGCACUUAGAAGAGCUUUCAGGAGAGGAUAAAGACUUGACCCAAUCCAGAACUUUCAGUAGAUUAUCCCUGGGUGUUGAGCACUGGGCAGCAAACUGUUAUCUUAAAUCUCCUAUGGGGGGAUAAGUCUUAUCGAGUUACCCUUGUAUUCCUGACCUAAACUUUAUUUUAAACCCAGGUUGGUUGUUUUUAUCUCUGUUGAGAAAGAUCUCCCUUAAACGUUCCUAAAAACUGUUGAGUUGCAACACUUGGUAGUAAAGUCAAGGUUCACAGUCCUGUGGAUGUUCUUUAAAAUAUUUUCCACUCAUACCAGCUUUAAGGAGGAACAAUGUCAGUAUUAUAUUACUGUUUUUGUCUCCUCUCCAGGUUUGAUGUACUUUUUACUUGGUUAAGUUUAGAAAAAAUGUCCACCACAUAUUCAGAGGGACUAAUUGUUCACCUAAAUGACAAAGGCAAGAGAUAUCUACACAAAUAUAUGCUUUUGAAUACUUCCUGAUAUGUCUGAGAUGGGGCUUUUCUUUUUAGGUACAUCAAUCCACUGUUUGAUUUGAUCUCUUUUACUGUCGGUAACUCAGGGAACAUUCUGGACUCGCAAAGAUUGUAAAAUUAAGGCGUUUUUGACCCAUAAGAGAAACAUUUGAUCAUCUUUUUGAGUUCAGGUUAAUAAUUUCCAGAAACGGAUUCACUCCCAUGUAGCAUCACUGCAAAUCUGACCUUUCUACUGUCCUCAGUUUUUGUAUAUUAUGUUGUAAAUAAAAUCACUAUAAGUUAAUAUCAGAAGGGGCAUUGUUGAUUGAUAUGUGAGAAAAGCAAUUUUCUUUAACAGAAGCUGUAAAUGUUUGCAAAUCAUUCAACUAUCUUUUCCAAAUCUACUGUUUGAAAAUAGUAUGGAUCUUUUCUUAUCUUUAGGGUUUCUGGUUUAAAGAAUAAAAGUCUUUAUUUUGAAUUAAUAAAUGCAAAAAUACUUUAUUUUAGAGUCAUAUUUGAACUGUAAUUAUGCCAAAUUUUUGUCUGGAAUUUGACAAACUGGUGCUAAUCAACAGAGCCGACCUUUUGAUUUUUUUUUUCUAUGAAACUGUAAUUAUUGUAUGAAAAGAGUCUGAAAAUGAGGACUUGUGUAUUUUUCUAGAUGUCCAGUAUUUAUACCCACAUUUUGUACUGUCGGACUGUAGUGUGACUGUCAUGCUUCACCUCUUUCCUUAAAUGUUUCUUUGUAAAGAGAAUUGGUUACCAGCAGUGUUACUUUGGUAAUUAUUAUUAUUAUUGAUAUUAUUAUUAUUAUUGCUGUGUGCAAUUUUGUCUGUUACUCUAGACUUUAAGGCUAUAUUUUAUGUAACUAUUUCUUAAAUAAAUAUGAGAAAUUAUUUCCUAUUUCAAA